CAGGUUUACAGGACUGAAGGGGGAAAUCAUUGAGAAAUAUUUUACCACAAACAGCUGUCGGAUGGUGGGCUCGGAGACAUUUGCCCAUCGCUUUUCCGCUUAUUGUCCAAAGCCGAAAAGCUCGUUUUGCGCAGGAGCAAAACUGACAACCGCUUCAAGAUUCAUUUUAUGUUUCGUCCCCGUAUUAUUAUCACCAUCAUUAUUAUUUAAAGAAACUUCACAAAGUGGUUAACUUUUGAGUUACUUUCCCCCGAUCCUCUGCUGUUGCGCUCGGACGCUUGUGGACAGAGACUUGUUGCAUGGUUUGGAAGUGGUCGCUGUUGUUGCUGUUGCUGCCGCUGCCGCUGCUGAUCAGCCAUUGUGUGGACGUCGGAAAGUGGGCAAGGACUUCUUCAUUUGCCCGCUGGCUUCUGCGCUAGCUGCACGCUUGAAAGGAAGAGCCGUAUGAAACGCUUGGCUGAGCCAUGAGGCUGCUGUCCCGGCCCGAACCGAGCUGCCUGCCACCAAGAAUGGAUUAGUACCACUCGGACUGUUUGCGGGGUUCGUAAGUGCACUCUGAGGGAGUUGGCUUGCUUUAUCGGGUCUCUUUUACCCCCUUGUCAGCUUCAUCACUCCACAAGUCUUUGCGCAGCAGAUCAUAAAGGAAGAUGGCAUCCCAACAACCUUGGACACAGAUCGUCAUCAUCACUUCAGCGUCUUUAUUCUCUCUAAUCUUGUGCAGCUCGGUGGCUGAUGUCCCGGAGGAAGAAGACUUCAGUGCUGAGGCAUGGCUUCGGAGGUUCGGCUACCUGUCUCAGGCGAGCAGACAAAUGUCCACCAUGCAGUCGGCCCAGAUUCUGUCCAAAGCCAUCAGCGACAUGCAGCGCUUCUAUGGGCUGGAGGUGACCGGUGAGAUGGACCCUGCUACUGUCGCGGCCAUGCGUCGGCCUCGCUGUGGCCUCCCCGACAGAAAACCAGAGGAGCUGGUCGAAGGAGCAAGGAGGAAACGCUACACCCUCACCGGGCAGCAAUGGCACAAAGACCACAUCACUUACAGCAUAAUGGACCAACACAUCCCCUCGUCUCUGGGAGAGGAGCUGACGUACGAGGCGAUCCGCAAGGCCUUCGACGUGUGGAGACGGGUCACGCCGCUCACAUUUGUGGAGCUUCCUGCCCAAAACGACAUCAACGGCAGCCAGGCGGAGCUCGCUGACAUCCUGCUGUUGUUUGCCUCCGGUUUCCAUGGCGAUAUGUCAUUGUUUGACGGCGAGGGCGGGUCGCUGGCACACGCUUACUAUCCCGGACCAGGAAUUGGCGGGGAUACACACUUCGAUGCGGAUGAGCCUUGGACACUGGAGAACUACAACCCAAAAGGUAUAGACCUCUUCCUGGUUGCGGUCCAUGAGCUCGGCCACGCUCUGGGCCUGGAACAUUCGGACAACCCCAGCGCUACCAUGGCUCCCUUCUACCAGUGGACUCACACGCAGAACUUCACCCUGCACGAGGACGACAUCAGAGGAAUACAGCACAUUUACGGUUCUCCUCUUGUCACUGGAGCCUCACCCACGUCUCCUCCCAGCCGGGACGACGACGGACCCGACGACGACUCCCACGCUUCCUCUUCCCCUCCCGAAGACGAGCCCACCGCCUUCUCCCCCACCGACCCCCCGCCCGAGUCGCCUGACCCGACCGACUCCAACCCGGAUCCUCCGGCUCGGCCGGAGCCGAGCCUCCUCCCUACCUCGCCUCCCGCCGUCCCCACCUCCACCCCAACCAAGCCUGCACCUGAGCCAGAACCCGUCACCCCGCCUGUCCGGAAAGACGUCCCCCCUCCGCGGCCUCCUCCCAGGCCCCCGGCUCCUCCUCGGCCUCCCAAGGUGCCGGACAACCAGGCGCCCGACAUCUGCGAUGGAGAUUUUGACACGGUCACCAUGAUGAGGGGGGAGAUGUUUGUUUUCAAGGGUCGCUGGUUUUGGCGCGUGAGGCGGAACCGGGUCCUCGACAACUACCCGAUGCCGAUAUCCGUCUUCUGGAUCGGCCUCCCCAGCGACAUCGACGCCGCCUACGAGCGCCACGAUGGCAAAUUUGUUUUCUUUAAAGACGAUAGAUACUGGGUGUUCAGGGAGGCUGAUGUGUUGCCAGGAUACCCGCAGCCCUUGCAUCAGUAUGGACAAGGAGUUCCCGCGCACAAGAUCGACACGGCCAUCUGGUGGGAGCCUAAUGGAUACACAUACUUCUUCUCAGAGGACAGGUACUGGCGAUACAACGAGGAGACCCGGACUACAGGUCGAGACUUCCCCAAACCGAUCAGCAGAUGGGGCAAGAUCCCUCACUCCCCGAAAGGAGCCUUCCUCAGUGAUGACGGCGCGUUCACCUAUUUCUACAAAGGCGCCAACUACUGGAGGUUUGACAACACCAGAUCGGAAGCGGACAACGGCUACCCCCGCUCCAUCCUGAAAGAUUUCAUGGGCUGCGUGGGAGUCCCCGACCCGGUGCCCGACGCAGACCCCACGCAGGUUCCAGAAGACAAACCAGUCAACCCUUCGGACCGAGGCAAAGACGUGAACAAGGAGCCGGACAGGGGCCGAGGCAAGGACGCGAACUCGGGGGAAGGAGACGCUACUAAGCCCGACGGGAAAGGGGAAGAGGACGACGAGGACAAGGAGGUGAACGUGGUCGUGACGGUGGCCGACAAUGAGUCAAAGAUUAUGACCCUGAUCAUGGUGACGGUCCCCCUGGUGCUCAUCCUGUUCAUCCUCAUCCUCGUCUACGCCAUCCUCAGGACUCUGCAGAACAAAGAGACGCCGAGGGCCUUGGUGCACUGCAAGCGCUCGCUGCAGGACUGGGUGUGAGUCGCGCAAAAGGUCAGAAGAGGUAGAACGGGUAUUGACGCGGUGCUAAAGUUUCAGAAAGCUGACGAUGAGUCGCCUCGACGUCUUGGGCCCCCCCCCGGUAUUCAUUGUGAGAACUUCUAUUGUUCGUGUGAAAUGGUAAUUAUUAGUAAAGUCGCGCCUGUGGAGCUACAGUUGUGCUCAGUCUGACCUUGAAGUCCGCUCUGCCAGAGGUUUUUCUCCCGCGCCUGUCUCCGUGCCUUUCAAAUGUCUAAAAAAAAAAAAGAAAAAAAAAAAGUGUUUCUUAAAAAUACCUGAAUGUCACGUUCAGAGUACUGGAAAAGACAAACUAGGAAUGUCUAUCAAUUCUAAUCAGGCAGAGGUGAGACAUCUUAUUUGUAGUAGAAAUGCAGACAAAGUCGCUAGAGCACAUAUAUAGUAGAGAAGCACACGUUGCUGUACAUACACAAAAAAAGUUUUCCACAUGUUCGACUCUGGUGCUUCAACCAAUCUUGACCAUUUUUUUUCUUUCUGUUUAGAACAGAUAAUUUGCACUUUUCAUUCGUUUUUUUUUUCUUUUUCUUUUUGUUGUUGUUGUUGUCGUUGUGGUUAUUUUUGCUGAGCUUGCAACCCCUGCACCCCGUUUGUGUGUGUGUGUUUUUUCGUGCAAAGCAGAUCUGCUUAUUAAAAACACAGACGCACGGACCGGCGGAGGAAUGUCAGACAGCUGCGUGUCCGUGACUGCCCCGUCCCCAACUGAGCCCAUUAUGUCUACCCACUCCCCCACUCACACACACACACACACAUGCGUUGACAUCACAUGAUCUCAGAAAAAAAAUCCCCCUAUAUCUGCGCUCGCUUGUGCAUACAUGUCCACAUGUGCGCGAGCAGAGAGCGUUUACCCAUACAAAGGCUCACAGAGUUUUUGUGCACAGACACACAGGCUCCAGCCUCCCUCCUCCCACCACAGCCAUGGUAAAUGCUCAGACUGCACCACUAAAAACACAAUCCCAGCGGAGACAUAUUGAUAUACGACCAGUGCCAGUGAGAAGAAUCACAAAGGUUUAUUGGUGGUAUUUUCUUUCUUUCUUUAUUUCUUUCCUAUUUUUUUUCUUUUUUUUACAAAAAAAUUUGAAUCUGUGGAGGGUAAAAAACGUAGCAACGGCGUCCUCCUUUCUGCAUCUCCUCUCAUUUUUCAUGAUAAAGGUAAAUAGAGCUGAAGCUAAUUAAGUCUGCGAGGAGGGAGAAGCCUGCAUGCAUGAGAAGAAUGGGCCGGGGUCUGGUUUCCAUUAAGCCCACAUGUUGCUGAUUUAGUAGUGUCAGAGGCCUGAGAGGAGGAGGAGGAGGACGGGGCGGAGGAGGGUAGUGGAGCAGGAGGGGGGGAAUGAAAAAGUUAUAAAAUGUGGUGUUGGUGAGAAAAGAGCAAGGGGGAAAUGAGAAAGAACCGAGUCGAGUAGGGAAGGAAGGAAGGAAAGAAAGAAAGAAGGGAGGUAGAGGUGGAGGAACGUUUCCUUUCCAAUAGUCUUUGGAAAAGGAGGAGCGAGGGAAGGAAGCAGCGAGGGAGGUUAGAAGGAUUCGGAGGAGGGGCAAUGCUGGCGUUGUGCCUCCUGACCUAGAUUGGGUCACUAAGUUCGCUUUCUCUCUUUCUUGUUUUGUUGGCAAGAGCUGGAGAUGACACCCUCUUGCCUCCAUCUUCUGUCUUUUCAUUUUAUUGCCGUUUUACUUCAGUGUUCCCAAAUGUAUUCAUUUUUUCUCCUGAGCUCCUCUGGAAAAGCCAGCUCAAGCAUUUGACAGAUAAUUAAUGCACGGCCACAUCUGCCGUGUGUGAUGUGAUGUGAUCCAGCCUUGACGUGCGCUGGGCCUCCCCACGUUCAGUCUGUCUUUACCGUCCUCGUCUCUGUGUAAAGCCACUAUCAACAUUUUACACUUGUUAACCUUUAUGUGUGUUUCGUUGUGCCUUUUUCUCCUCUGUGAAUACCAGGGGUGUGGGGCAUUUUUUAAAAAAUUAAAAUAAAUCUAAACUAUAAGUAGCAUGAGGGAAAGUUUUUAAAAUAUAAAUUUUCUUACCUUUCUUAAUCUAGUUAUAAUUUGUAGCUUUGUACAUUUUGCUUUUGUCCAGGUUUUCUGUAUGAACAGCAGUAGAUUAUUAUGACAAUGUUGAUGCAUGCGGGGCAUGUUCUGUAAGGCCUGUGCACUCCUGUGUAGGGUACAUUAAAGGUUUCGCAAUAAAACUCACAGGUAAAAAGCAA